AUGGCUACUGACUCCGCCACAACGCAAUGGCAACUUGAAGAAGCUACUCUGGCUCUGAAUGAGCACCUAGAUGCCGAGGAGAAGCGCCUGCAAAAGAAGCGCCGGCAGUUGGAGGAGGAUUUAGUCCAGAAGCUUCCCAAGAAGGGUGCCAAGGACAAAGACUUCCCGAAUCCAUCCUUCUCUGAUACCAUUCGGCUGAACGUGGGCGGCGAUACUGGCUUCACUACAAGGCGUGACACUCUCACAGCAGUGCCGGGCUCUCGUUUGGCUCAACUCUUUUCUGGAUGCUGGGACAGUGCCCUGCGAAGGGAUGAGAAGGAAACGCCUGGCAUUGCAGGGAAGCCUUGUUUCAAGCUGCUGUUCCGUGCUUCGCGGGACGGCUACAGCACGCAGGCCUUCCACCAGAAGUGCGAUCAGCAAGGCCCCACAGUGGUGGUGGCGAAGAGUGCCGGAGGCCACCUCUUCGGAGGAUACACGGAGACUUCCUGGGACAGCAACAGCAACUGGAAGAACUGUCGGGAGGCGUUCCUUUUCCGCCUGGCAGGGCCCGGAAACAUGCAGCCUUCGAAGCACGCGAUCUUCCAAAGCCAUCAGAAUGGCAUCUAUUGCCACGCUGGCUACGCAGCGGCUUUGGGGUCGGGGCAUGACAUGCGCAUCUACUCAGAAGGUGCUGCAGGCAAGGUGGCCUUUAGCAUCGGCAACACGUACCAAAGCGCCAGCCCGCAGGGCAACUUCACCCACCUUGCCGAGGCCCAGCAAGCAGUUGUCACAGAUUACGAAGUGUUUGCACUGACCAGCUACAUGGACCUUGGAGCAGCGGCUCAGAGCCUUCAGGCCCAUGCAGAGGAGUUGAAAUCGCGGCUGCAGCCGUCAGAGCAGGGUCUCCUUAGCAAAGCCCUGGGGGUCCUCAAUGCAGCUUUAGAGAAGGGAAAUCAACUCUGUCAUGAGACAGCAAGCGUACGCAUCUCCAGAAAGUCCGUAGACGAGCAAGCGCAGUUUCUGAGUCGGUUCAUGGGUACGCCUGCUGACAUCAUUUGCUUGAAUGUCGGCGGGAAACUCAUGGAGACGCUGCAGCCAACAUUGACAUUCCUUAACGACUCCACGCUGGCAAAGAAGUUUGAAGGUAGCUGGACAUUGCAAAGCGAUGAGAUGGUUGAGGGACGGGUGUUCUUUGAUGAGGACAGCGAGCUGUUUCAAGUGAUUCUGCUGCACCUCAGGCUUGGAAGACUUCUGGGAAGCACUUUCUCUCCGAAACUUCCAGCAGAGAAGGCAGGGCCCUGGAAGCGGCUGCUGAAGUACUUCAACCUGCAGGCGCUGCUCAAAAACAACCUGGACUCCGAGUUGCUCGAUGCUCAUGGAGAGGCGCUACUCGCGAUGCUGCAGGAGUCGAUGCCAGGCUCUGGCACGGAAGUAUCUCUGAACCUCCUGUUCCGCGCGUCGCGGGACGGCUACAGCACGCAGGCCUUCCACCAGAAGUGCGAUGCCCAAGGCCCCACCGUGGUGGUGGCGAAGAGUGCCGGAGGCCACCUCUUCGGAGGAUACACGGAGACUUCCUGGGACAGCAGCAGCGAGUGGAAGGACAGUCAGGAGGCGUUCCUCUUCCGCCUGGCAGGGCCCGGAAACAUCCAGCCUUCCAAGCACGGGAUCUUCCAAAGUCACCCGCAUGGCAUCUAUUGCCACGCCGGCCACGCAGCAACUUUUGGAGGGGGGCAUGACAUUCGCAUCCACCCAGAAGGUGCCGCGGCCAAGGUGACCUUCAACAUCGGCCACACGUACCAAAGUGCCAGCCCGCAGGGUAACCUCACCUACCUUGCAGAGGCCCGGCGAGCGGUUGUCACUGAUUAUGAGGUGUUUGCAGUUGUCAGGAAAUGA